AUGGAGCAAGAAACUCCGGAAAGUAUUAAUGGACUUCCUGAUAAAGAAAAAUAUUUAAAAAAACAAUUUCAAAAUUAUAAAAUUGAGAUAAUUCAAAAUUUCCCUCUAGAAAAAUUAAGUGAUUCUUGUAGUAACACAUAUUUUUUUAUUUUAGAUUAUACUGGAAAGAGAACACUUGAAUUGAUAAGAACAUCGCCUUUCGAUGGAUUUUAUACUAUUUUACAUUGUUUGAACCGAACUACUUCCUUAACAAUUGGUAGCCUAUUAUUAACUGAUAGGAUAGAUAAUCAUGUAGGAGGAAUAGUUACGAUAACUACUUCUGGAUUAGAUAUUAUUCUUUCUUUACUAAAAGAUAGAAUGAUUAACGAAAGAGCAAAAUUAUUUGAUAAAUUAAUCGAAGAUAUUGAAAAUAUUUAUGUCAUUUGUAAAGAAACAGCGGAAGUGCUUAGAAUCGUCCCCCCUUUUCCUUUUUCGAAAGAAUUAAAUGAAACAAUUAACAUUAUAAAAAUGAAAUUAGAUAAUUUUUUAGAAAGGAAAGACGAAUAUUUAGAGACUUUAAAUCAAUUUAGAGGAAAUAAAGUAAUAAAAGAUUUAAUAGAAACAGAAAGUCUAGCAUUAAUUUUAAAAGAAUCAAUAAGCGACUAUCGCCAAGGAAUUUCUGAUAGUGAAAUAGAAAAAAAAAUUAAGCACAGAAAGUUAGAAUUAGAAGUAAUUAGUUCUUCGAUUAUUCUUCUUUCGCAAGGAAUAAACGAGGUUUCAUUUUUUGAAACCAUUAAAACUUUUUGGAAUAACUCAGACAGUAAUAAUUAUUUUGAUAAAUUAUUAAAAAAAAUUAUUAAAGGAAAUGCUUAUUCAUUAGAACUAGAAGAGGAAAAAGGUAGAUUGAAGAAACUUUUCGGAGUUGAAAAUGAAAAGACAAUAAAUAGACUUGUCAAUGUAGUAGGAAAACAAAUAGAAACGAAUUUGGAAAGUGGUAAAAACGAACCGAAACCCAAAUCCAAAUCCCUCCCAAAUAAUAUGAAUCAAAUCUCCGCAAAAAAAAAAAAAAAACAUGCUAAAAGCACCGAACAAAAUCCAAGUAAUUCUCCUACCAUUCACCAACUCCAAAGUCAGUUAACUCAAAUCAGAACUGCUUUGGCAACUCUAACUACUAAUAUUACCCAAACUGAAACUUCUUUGCAAACUAAAAGAACUGAAUACCAACAGUCCCCCGAAAAUAGUUUACAAACUGAAAUUAAUCAGUUAGAACAAAAAUUAACUACUUAUAAAACCCAAAAGCAAAAAAUAGAAACUCUUUUGCCUAAAAUAGAAGAGCAAAUUGGUAAACUAGGGAAAGAAGGGAGUGCUUCUGAACCUAAGCAAGAAAGUAUUAUCCAAAACUUAGAAAAAGAUAUUCAAGAGAUUAAUCAGGAAUUAGGAAUAAAAACUGAUAAACCUACUCCUCGGAAAUUACCGGAUGAUAAAAAAGAUCUUCCUUCUCCAAGAAAAGAUGAUAAUCCUGAUGAUAGGAAACCAGAUGAUAAUAUUUCACGUUUCCAAAUGCUUCAAAAGCAGACAGUUCGUGCUAUAGCUGAUACUAUGAGCGACUCCGAAUAUCAAAAAUUUUUAACCCUCACUCCGGAGGCUCAAAAGAAAAAUGCUGAAUUAGUAGAUAUUGCACUUUUUUCAAGUAUGAAAGAGGUUAAGGAUAGUUUAACUACGGUCAAUAAUUAUUUUAAAGGAUUCCUGAAAUUAGUCGAGAAAAUGGUGGAUGGAGUAGAAAAAAAUUUUGGUGAAAAUCCAGAAACAAUCAAAGCCAAACAAGAAAUUAAAAGGCAAGGAGUUUUUGCCAGUGAAGAAAAAUUAGGUGAAUGUUUGCCUAAACUUGAUGAAGUAGAUAAUAAACUUAAAUCCUCGAUUGUAGCCACUCCGCUUAAUUGA